CGUACAAACGAUUCGGUACAGGGUAUGGAGAUUCUACGUUCGUGGUUUUUGGUGUUUUUCAUUACAUUGUUGGUUUGGUCACAAUUGUUGAGUGCUUUUGUGCUGGAAAAAUGCUCUCCAGAGUCGUGUCUUUCGAGCGAAGAGACAUACUCGAAUGCAAGUCUACCUCAUCUUUUACGAACGAACAAUCGAAUCAAAACAAUCAAACCAGUGUCUCCGUUGAGGGCCAGAAUACGUAAGAAAAUACGUAACUUGACCAAUCGUGUGCUGUCUCUGGAGCAGCCAGUUUGGUUGAUAUCUCAAAGUGCUGAUAGAUGGCAUCACAGUUGCGAAGGACCAUGCACUUGUCAUCCAGCAAAAUUCAUCCUCUCUUGCUGGAAUCACAAUUUGUACGCUAUUCCUCUAGUCCAAGUUGUUCCUUACGAUGUGAAAAUUCUAGAUUUAGGGUUGAAUGGAAUUGAAACCUUUCAUAAGGAUACGUUCAAGAGAUUGGACGAAUUGACAGAACUGGAUUUGUUCCAUAACAAUUUAAAGUACCUUCCGCCUACGAUUUUCGAAGGCUUACGAUCAUUAGAAAAACUAAAAUUGAGUAAGAAUAAACUCGUCGACGUACCGCAACGAUUGUUGUUUUUUUUAAAUCGUUUGAAAUCAAUUGAUUUAUCGUCUAAUUCAUUGUCCGCAUUACCCGAGGUAUUUUUUCAAGAAUGUUCCAAUUUAAUGGUGAUCUACUUGUAUGGAAACAAAAUUCAAUCCUUACCUGGAAAACUAUUUCGAGGAUCGAAUCAUCUCGAAGAGCUGGAUAUGUCUGAUAAUCAAUUAACAAAAUUGGAUCCUAGUCUAUUCAAAGGGUUGACAAAUUUGAAAUUUUUAAAACUAGAUGGCAACAAAAUCAUUGAACUAGAUUCAGAACUAUUUUCCGAUAACAAAUACCUAAGUAUAAUAUCAAUGAAACAGAAUAACCUGCUAAAAAUAGGUUCCUGUUUUCAAAACUUGCUGCAACUGGGUUACAUAGAUUUAUCGUUCAAUAAAAUAAACCAGAUCGAAGGUAACGAGUUCAGUAAUACGAUAUCGUUGCAAGAGAUCCAUCUGAAUCGUAAUUACAUCGAAGAAUUUUUCAUGGAUAUAUUCGCCAACGUGACUUCAUUAAGAAAAUUGGUCCUUUCAACUAAUGGGUUAUUAAAUUUCACAUUAAAUUCAGACGUGAACUUGGAUAACUUGACAUUUUUGGAUAUUCGUUUCAAUAUGUUGAAAGAAUUGAACGAGAGAUUGUUAGAAGCUUUGAAAAAUCUCAAAACUUUGCUGAUUCACGGAAACAUGCUGCGUUUUGUGCCGGAUAAUUUUCUAGAUUAUUUGAGUAAUUUGAAUACCAUCACUUUGGCCAAUAACAUGUGGUAUUGUAACUGCGACAUAUUCUAUUUAUCCAAGUGGUUGCGAAAUAACAAAAUGAAAGUUGUAGAUCUAAUCGAUGUAAGAUGCUUGGGACCGGCUCAUAUGAUUCAAAGAUCUAUUAAAGAGCUUUCGUAUGGAGAUUUGUGCGACGGUCAAUGGGCCAGCUUUCAAAAUUUAGCUGAUCGAGUAUCAGAUAACUAG